UGUUUUUUUUUCUGCGUGAAAUUAAAGAAGUGAUUUUUACUUCAAAUAUGAUUUAAACAGUUGUAAAAUAAUAUGUUCCGAAUUGAAUCAUAUAUAACGCCCAUUAUUCUCAGUCAUAUUGACAAAUAUGUUAAGGACUUCCGACCGCGAGAUGCCCAGGUGUCGUUGUGGGGUGGUGAGGUGGUUUUUCAAAAUUUAGAUGUUCGAUUGGAUGUGUUGGAAGAGGAACUUCAAUUGCCAUUCAAUUUCGUUUCUGGUCACAUUCACGAAUUGACGGUAAAAGUGCCAUGGACCAAAAUUGCAUCGGAACCUAUUCAAAUAACAAUCAAUACGAUAGAAUUUGUCUUAAAACUAAAAAACGAUUCGAACGUAUCGGCACCGAAACGAAAAAAGUCAACGAAAACUGAUGUUGAUCAGCCGCUGCCUGGUUACAUGGCCAGUUUGGUAAACAAAAUUGCCAACAAUAUAUCACUGAAGCUGCACAACAUUAUAUUGAAGUACGUGGAAGAGGACAUUGUUGUAUCGAUGAACAUCCAAUUGCUGUCGUUCGAUUCAGCCGACGAUGAUUGGAAACCAGCCUUUAUUGACAUAAGCCCAACGAAAGUAUUUCUGAAAAAAGUCAUCAGCAUCACAGAUCUGACCAUUUGCUUGGAUAAACGAAAUGCAAUGGGAAAGAUUGAUGUUUGUCAGGAGCCGAUUUUGUAUCGUUGUUCACUGCAGAUACGAAUGUUGCGAAAAUACAAUUUGUCAUCGCUACACAAGUCAUCGUUAACCAGAAUCGAUGUCUUCACCGACAACAUUGAAUUGAACAUUUCGGCACAACAAUAUCCAAUGUUCAUUCGAUUGCUUGUGCUGGGAAUGACGUUAAAAGAGGGUACACCGAAUGUUCAUCAGAUGGAUACAGCCACCGACGACGAAUAUGGCGACGAGGAAAAUGGUGAAUCGAUGCUGUUAUGGGCCUGGAAUAUGCUUCCAUCGAUUUUUCCGGUUGAAAAUGAGGACGACGAAGAUGAACAGAAAGGUCACUACUUGCAUGCUGGCUUGUAUGUCACUAAUUUUAGCAUUACGAUAAAGUCGCAAGAAUACACCACCGACAAUAUCGUCCAAUCAACGAAGAAAAUCAAAUAUCAUCCAAUUUUACGGAUUUCGGUCAGUGGCAUCUAUGCGGAUGUAGUUACACUGGGCAACCGGUGGUUCAGCAUGAAAGGCGGAAUAUCGUUCAUCGGUGUGUAUCCACUGGGGAUGUGCACUUGCGGCAAAAAGCACAAUAUCACCGCUAUUCACACGUCGGCCGACGUUCCGUUUGACCACAAAUUGUUUUUGAAUGAUUCACUUCAGGAUCCCAAUUCAUUGGAAAAUAAAGGAGAAAAUCGAAAUUAUGAUUUUUCGUGGGAAUCAUACUAUGCUGAACCGUUGAAUGAUUCGGCCAUGGGAAAAACGCCGGCGCUUAGCUUCGAUGUUGUACACUACAUUGACGUCCCCGACGAUAUGUCCCGAUCAUCGAUAUUGGGCAGUGACUUGGAGUACAGUAAUUUGUCGGAAAGUUUUUGUGUGCGGUGUGUGGUUGGACCAUUUAACUUUAAGUAUUGCAGCAGUUUCAUUCACAUCAUGGAUGCGUUAAAGGAAUAUUUGGACUCGUAUGACUAUGUGCCGUACGGCGACGAUAAGUGUGCGAUCACAUUGAACCAAUUGAGUCCACCAUUGACUGAAGAUUACGAUGCGUUGAUGAGCGACAUACCACUGAAAGUAUUUCAACUGAAAAUUAUGCAGCCGGCAAUUGAAUUGAUUGUCGAACGGGAAGAAUCUAAGAUUAAGAUAAAAAACGACAAUUAUUUGAUGCCACUGCUCACCCUUGAAUGCCAGGAAAUCAGUGCCAAAUGCACACAACCCUACUAUCCUCAACGGUUAGUUCAUACAGCCUGUCAACUUCCUGCUCCUGCCGAAAAACUGCUGGAUCACUCAUACACCAAAUGGAACUGUGAUGCGAAAAAGCUCUCAGCGAAUAUCGUUUGCGGUUUGGCCAAACAUAACGUACUUCAUGUGCCCAGUGCCAACAUCACUCUGAAUCAAUUAAUCAAACCGGAAUUUUGGCAGAAAAUCACAUUACCCACAAUCCAAUGCAAUGUUAACGUCGACAAAAUGAUGGUUAAGUGCAACAAGCCACAAAUGAUUUUGCUGCGUUAUUUGGUGAAUUCGCUGUCGACGGGAAAUCUUAAUUCGUUCCUUUUCGAGUCAUCCAUUCUCAUGGACAUGCACAGGAAGGAUUUGGUAAUUCUGGAUCUAUAUUUUGGCCGUAUUUACGCUGCUGUCACAACAUUUGAGCACACUAUCGGCAUCACUGGCAGCAUGCAAUCGUUUUACGGUUAUACUUACACAAUGAAGGUCAUGGAAUCGAUGCCGGAAGAUCAGCGAUUUUUGGCGAAAUCAAUGGUUUUGUGCACGGGAAAUGACAGCAUUGAUGUUGUGAAAUUCAUAUGCCAGUUACCAACGAAUGCGACGAAUUUGCUACAUCCGCCAAUGGUAAAGCUAUGCUUUCACGUAAUUGACUUUAACAUCGAUCCCGUUCUGUUGGAAUUCUUCGAUUAUCAGGCGGAAUACUUACAGCGACAAGAAACCAAAGCUCCGAAAUCUCCAAAGAGAUCGUUCACUUCCGAAAAGCAUCCGCAAGUGUCGAGGAAAUCUGUGAACCGUCCCGAAUCUGUGCAUUCCAGCUCCGAGCCGACCGCAACAAUGACGCUCGUUUACCGACCAAAGUCUGUUAAGCAAGCACCGAACACCAGUAUUGAUUUGAUGAGUUUGAUAAACAUCUUUCGCUGUUCGAUUCUCCAAAUUGAACUGAAGGAACUAUCACUGGUAGUACCCAACAAGCCACUAAAGCUUUUGCAUCCGAACAGCAGCUUGUCGAGUUUACAAAAGAAAAAUCCGCAAAUCAAUCACAUUGUCUUCAAGCUACCGACCGUGGUCGUUAAGUCAUCGCAUGUUCGAAAUAACACCGUCGAUUUUGAGCAAAAAUUUCCCAUUAUUAUUCCGGACGCUGUGUGGAACCACGACAAAGACGGAUUUCCAUGGAUAUGUUCGCUCGCGGAUUUAACGUGCUAUACGAUCCAAAACGACAGCAAAUUUGAUCUAUUGACACCAUUCAAAUCUACGAUCUCGAUAGCCCUAACACGGAAACGUAAAGAUGAAAAUGAGUCAGUGUACGAUCAUUCGUUUGCUAUUCAUAUCGAUACGCAACCAAUUGAAUUUAACUUUUACGAAGAACAGAUUGCCUUCCUAAUGUCGUCGAUCGGCGUUGUAAAUAAAGUUAUGACGACGACGUUCUGUAUUGAUGAGCGUACUGAACUGCCUGCCUUAGAGAUAUGCGAACGAUCGAACACCACAAAUUAUCAUUCGGAUUUAAAGGAGUUUUUCGGUACAACAAAGACAAAGAGUGAGAAUUCCAGCGAUGAUACUGUUCAAGUGGAAGAAGAAACUCUCCAAUCCAAACUAACCACAUGGAUUCAGUGGACAUUGGCUAAAAUCUCACUAAAUUUUCACAGUCGCAAAGGUGAUCAAUGUCACAAGUUUUCGAUCGAACUCGAAGAUAUCAUCACCAGCAUCGAUAAUCAAGACAUUUACGUGAAAGUGAAAACGAAAGUGGGAUUUCUGACUGGUACAUGCAAAACGAAAUCCACAACGAAGGACGAAUGGGACCGUAACGAUCUGUUGGGUUUAACCACAAUUUCGGAAGGAUUACGGGACAAUUUGGAUACAUUCCUGGAAAUGACAUUCACCAAGGCGAUGAUAUCGAACGUUCACACCAAGUGGCAAACAAAGAAAAAGGAAAAUUUGAAUUUGAACGACUCGAUAACGGAAAUCAACGUCACAAUGCAAAGAAUCGACAUGAAAUUAGAUAUCGAAAUGUUGACGACAUUCAUGCCAAUUGUUGGCCAUUUAGUUUCAAAUAAACCCACCGAAUCAAUGCCAACGAAUGUGAUUAGUGUGACCGAUAUUCCGCUAGUCUAUUUUAACAGUAAAGGAAUGCAAAUAUUUGUACCGCUAAAGGCUUCCGAUCAGUGUAAUGUAUUGAUUUUGAAGAUUGAUUCCGUAUCAGUGAAUCCAACCGUUGAAAAUCCACUGAUCCGCAAACCGGUACGGUGUGACAUUUAUUCGAAGGCAGCUCAGCUACGAAUUUUGAAUAUGCCCGGGUCAAAGGUGGAGGACAGACAAUACGAAAUUGUUUUCAAUAAAAUUUCAGUUGGGAGCGGUAAAUGGGACGAAAUUCUACGAUUUAUGAAUCCGAGUGAGUCAGAUUCCAUGUACUAUGAGAAUCCGGCAUUCGAUUGGAACCACAAAACUGAGAAACCAUCGAUUGAAGUGAAUGCAAUAUUUUCCAACUUCAAUUUGGCUGUUCAGUACGCUCCGUGCAUUGUUUUCAAAAAUGUGUUAGUUUGCGGCGAGUCGAUAGAAGUCAAUUGCUUAUCUGAUCUGAUGGUGGACCUAACAACUGAGGAACUACAAUUGUUUCAUACUUUGCAGGGCAAUUUGAUGCAAUUGCAAGAGUCCAUUCCAAAGAUGCGAGAGUCUAGUAAUGUUAACAAGCUAACACUAUCUAGAAGAGCAUCCAACAAAAAUGAACCGCUGCCAAAGGCAUUUUUGAAGAACGAAUACAAUGCACCCGGCACGAAAAAUCUGGACAAUCAUCUCACCGACUCUGGAUUUGAAUCCUUCGAACGGUAUUCGGGUCUAAAAUACAAGAGAAUAAAGUCGCGGGCGUCCGUCAUUAAAACUGAAUCGAAAUUCGUUCCCUUUGAAGUAUCGUUUGUCGGUGGUAAAUUCAAUUUGAACGUUUUUCAAGUCAAGAAAUGCGAAACAUCUGUGGACGCGCACCGGUAUCCACUGUUUUCGAUAACACUGUUCCAGCCAAAUAUGCUGAUCGCUCAAAGUUCGCUGGACAAAACUAUUCAAUUGUCACUGUUCGAUUUGAGUUUUAAACUCGGUUCGAAUGAUUCCGAUGCGCAAGACAAAUUCAAUAUCACCGUCUUUGAUACGCACAAAGGCAAUUUAAAUGUCCUUGGCAUACCACCGUCGUUAAUCUUGUACAAAGAAUACACGACACCAAGUGGAGACAAAAAUUUAGACAUUCACAUCGAUCGACCAAUGCGAUUAUAUCUUUCGCCCGCAAUUCUCGACCAACUGUUAUCAGUUAAUUUAUUGCUCCGUGUCUACGUUGGACAAGGUGAAUUCCAACCGGGGAACGUGAUUUCAUCGUCGACUACAAUUCAGAACAUAAAAAACGGCUUGCGAGAUGCGAGUCGAUUUAAUUUUUCCAUAGCUGAAACCGAUCUGGACUGCACCGUACUAAACGAAUUUAGUUUGAAGCUGUAUUUGGCGAAAAUGGCAGUCAAACUAAAUGUGUUCGAUUAUCCAAAGCGCUUGACGCUGGACGGAUACGUCAAUUCUCUGGUUGUGUCAAUGGAUCGGUUUGUCAUUGUUAAUCCACUGUCCGUCAAUGUCAUUUGCGUUUUAACGCAAGAACAGUGGAAGAAGGCGCCACUGGUGGUUUGUAAAAUUAGUUCGCCAUGCAUUGAUGUUAACAUUGCACCGCAAAAUAUUGUACAAACGCUAAAAGCAAGGAAUUCGUUCGUUGCCUGUUUGGAAAAAUAUGUAGCCAAAACGCAGUUACGACCAUCCACUCUUACCGCUCAUCCUCUCAUUGAUUAUUCAAAUUUGGUUCCCAUAAAAAUACCGAGACACAUACCGUCAUCAAAUUUGUCAUCGGAGGAGCACUAUCAGGACGAUUUGAGGGCUGGCGCAUUUCAGUUUAUUGAUUCAAAUUCCGAUGAGACAUUACCGCAGCCGUACCAAAUACAGAUUAUAUCAAAGGCUGGCGGUAUCAUUUGUUGGCGAUAUCCUCAACCUAGAACGCUUCACUACAUGCAGAUUUUUCCGAUUCCGAUAUUCAAUCCAGCCAACGAUUGCAUCAAAUGCCGCUUGGAAUACUAUUCCGAACCACACACCGCAUUCAUAGUAUAUUGUGAAUUCGUCCUGUCCGAAAAAGAGGUACAAGAGCUGAAACUGCCCAACGUAAGAGUGUCAUCGGAAAUUUGGCGUAUCGUAGUCUUCCAACCAUUCGUCUCGAUUGACGGACAAUAUUUCCAAGAGGAAAAUUCAUCUGAAGACGAAGAGAGCGACGAAAAUCAAUUAAUAUUGGAGAAGUCACUAAAAUCAGUGUCAGAACCUUUCACCACUCAUGGAAUAGACGAUUACCUAAACAGGGACACCGAUUCGAACAUAUUCCAUCUAAAUCCACGUGCCUUAGUCGGUUGCAUCCGAAUCGAUUCCAUAUUCAGUUCGGUAUUGGUGCCAAACAUUCAGUUGGUUACUGAUGUAUCCCAUUGUUCGUUGACGAUCAAAAAUAAUUUAAAUUUAUCGGAUGGUUCGAUGAAAAGCGUUCUGGGACAGUUUACUGCUGUCGGUGAUGCGAGCGAUACACAUACCGUUAUUAAGUUUAAUGCAACGAAAUUGAAUUCGCAUUUUUGUUUGUUCUACGACAAUAACAUAACGUUGCAGACCAGUUUCGUGUUCAGUACAAAUGUGAUUGACUACAGCUAUUUGGUCAUGCAACCAUUGAUCGAAGACGUUAACAUACAGUUGUAUUACGAGAAUACCGAUAAUGUCAAUAUUCAUGUCGUCACAGAUGAGCUACGCAUACGAUAUGGAACUUCCGUUGGACAUUCGUUGGCUGUAACUGAACAAAUAUGGCGACAAAUGCUAACCAACACCAUACCACAUACCAUCUUUGUGAUGCGAUACAUAAUUUGUAACUGUACCAGCGUUCCGUUACAUUUUGGUCAACAUUUGACAGAAGAAUCGAUUUAUCUUAAACCGAAUGAAUGUUGUCUCUACGCAUUCCGGACCGAUAAACUGGAACAGAAGAUAGCAUUUUCGUUCGGCGAAAACAAAUGGUGUCCGUCGGAUCCAAUGUGUGUGGGAAAGGAUGAUGUACAAUUUUUGAAAAUGGACGAAGAUAGAAUUUUGAUCACAAAAACUAAGAAAAUAUCCGCUUCGCAAAAACGGAUCGUAGUUAGGGGACAAAUUGAGCUGUUAAACAUGAGCGAACAGUCGUUUAUUGUGCAAUAUAAAAAUGCGAGAAACAAAGAGGAUGCUGUGGAAUUCUCACUGGAUGGCAAAACGUCUACAAGUAUUGUUCAACCAAGUAAUCCAGAAAAGGAUUUCUGCAUGAACCUCAGAUUGUUUGACAAACAUGGUAGGGGCUGGUCAGGCGACAUUCCUCUGCACAAAACAUCGAAGAACAUUCCUUGGCUUGUUAAAGUUCCGACAACAACCAGUCAACAUCAUUACAGCUUCUGGGUUCGAGUGCAAUGCGAACCAAUUUCCAAUCAAAACUCUAAAAAUGUUCAAAAUCAACGGAUCUUCAUAACCAUAUGGCCUUUGUUCGUGUGUCGUUCGAUGAUGAUUAGUAGCACGACUAUUGUAGACAAAAAUUCAACCAUCGAUUACAACCUUGCCGGAUACGGUCAGUCCGUAGAAUUGCCAAUGGCUGCGGAGUAUGAAACGGAACACGAGCUCAAAUUCAAUUCUAAAUUUCCAUUCACAUUGUCUUACAAAACAAUCGAUCCGAAUUCAUUUUUUACUAUUCCGGAGAAGCUUCAAAGUAUUCUGGCGACAAGCACUGAACUAGAAAAGACCAUCGAUGUUAAUUGGCCAUGUUCAAGAGAAGAAGAGCUGAGGUGGAUGCGUAGAUUAAGUGGAGUAGAACACCCACCGCCAAUAUUCAAAUGUUCACCGAGUCGAAAAUUAUCUUGCAGUAUUUUAGUGGAUUUAUUGCCUGGCUGUCUAUUUAUCAAUUCUAUUGGCUGUGAUAUCAAUCUAGUCAAUUCAGCGAACAAUCAAACUUGUCUAAUAGAAUCGAAUAACAUUGCUGUUCCAUUUGAACUGUUGAAUUCAUUUACGAUAACAUUCAUGUUCCCAAACGAUGUCACAUCUUCAUGUCACAUCAAUUUGAGUGGAAGUAACUGCCGGAAAAACUCCUACUACGAUUUACCUGACGUUGGCUCCGUUGUCCUGCAAUUGCUGACAGAAAAUGGUGUCAGUAAAUUUGUUCUUACAUCUCUGAAUGAAAAUGGUACUCGUGUGUUCAUCUUGUCGCCAUUCUUUGUCGUAUGCAAUCUUUCUGGGGAACAAUUCGACUACUGGGCGUUUUGUGUGUCAUCGAAGGACAAACAUUCGAUGUCUGUUUAUAAUACGAAAGCUAAAGUCCAUGCGGUUCCAUGCAAUAGUAAAAUAAGUUCGAGCAACACUAAAGGAAUUGGUAUUCUAGAAUUCUGUAACUUGUCACAUCAAAGAAACCAUUUGUUCAACUACUUCCUUGCUAUUCGGUGUAAUACUUCAGAAUUUUCAAUGCCAUUUUUGUUAAAUAAAACAGUCAGUCGAAUCGGUUUCUGUGUCAACAACGGCAAGAGAUUUGUUCCGUUAUCAAUGUGCAUCACUGAACACCAAGGUCAACAUUUUAUUUGCAUUCAAGAUGACACUGCUCCCACCAUUGAGUUUGAAAAUCGUACCGAGCUCAAUUUACUUUUGGCGCAAUGCGAUCUAAACGAUUCGAUAAUGUCACCAGUGGAACACAUCAAGGACAUUCAUUUUGAGUGGUUGCAAACCGUUCCGUCCAAUGCUACCGUAUUCUAUACACCACCCAGCAUAAAUGAACAUUUUCCGGAAAAGUCCGACAGCGAAAUUGCAAUUAUUUUGGGUUCAGCAGCAACUACGAACGCUAAAUGGAAAUGGUCCGCACCUAUUCGUAUCUAUGAAUCGAACGAAUUUUUCUUGGACUUACCCUCGCAUGGCGAUGUGAAGGUUAUCACCGAUUGUCGGAGGAAGGUGGUUAAAAUAAUUAUCGAAAACAUCAACUAUAAAAUGGAAUUUAAUGUGAAAGACAUCCGAACGAAAAUUCUACAUCCAAGUGAACGUGUUACAAAUUCAAUGGACCAAGCAAACGGAGACGAUUCAAUUCUUGGAGAGAGUGUCAAAGCAUCGAUUCCGAAUACUGACGAUGCGUUGGUGUCGUCUAAUCAACGGAACGUCGAGUCGACAUGCGUCAAAAUAGACUUGUUCGUGAAAGGAUUCAGCAUUUUUCUGUAUACAGACAACGAGGACAAUAAUUUAAUGAAAACUGAACUGAUUGCUUUGUACUUGGACGACAUAACAUUCUUCUACACAGACAAGGACCGUAAAAUGGAAUUGGACAUCAGGAACUUUCAAAUCGACAAUCGAUUAUUUUCAUCCGGAAACUUUGAUUUUCCUGUCGUUCUAUGUGCACAAAAUCCACCCACCAAAUUAACUGCAUCACCGUCUAUAUUUAGUAUCGACGAACUGAAAUCGGACGACACUUCAAAAUCCGCUUGCAAUUUAAAAGUUCUAUUUUUCUGUGACGAUAACAGCCCGGAGGAAAUUUACUGCAAUUUCCAGCCGAUACGGGCAUAUGUAGAAGACAAAUACAUUAAUGUGCUGUUGGAUUUUUUGGUCGAAAGCCAUCCGUCGAAUUUGAUUUACAAGCAAGACUUAACCGUUCAGCGAGAAUUUUGUGAUCGUGGCGAAAUAUUGAUACCGAAACUAGUUGUAUUGCAAUCAACUGCACUGUCUGAACCACUUCGAAUUCGUCAUGUUCGAAUCGAACCGUUGAGCGUUCUGUUAUCUGUACACACGUGCAUAAGAAUGUACAUAGCCUUGGACCAUAGCCCAUUAGACUUUGCUCCAUUCGAACGAAAUGAAAUCUUCACAUUGCCAGUACGUUUUGGCUAUAAUUUGGGUAUGCAUUACGUUUCCGGAGCAAUAUUUGGCGCUGGUUGGGUAGUAGGAUCAUUAGAAAUAUUAGGCAGCCCUGGCGGUUUGGCUCGUUCAGUGUCCACUGGCUUAAGAGAUUUCGUUUCAAUGCCAGUUCAAGGUUUACUGCGCGGUCCAUGGGGAUUUUUUGUUGGCAUAACACAUGGAUCGGCAUCGCUGUUGAGAAACAUCACAGCUGGAACCGUUAAUUCUGUGACUAAAUUAGCGGCAUCAGUAGCUAGAAAUUUAGAUCGAUUGAGCUUAGACGACGAACAUUUGCAACGCACAGAAGCUCUAAGACGAUCGAGGCCGCAAGGAAUAACACAUGGCUUCGCACAGGGACUAACUGGACUCGGUAUUAGCCUUCUUGGUGCUGUGGGUGGAUUAGCUCGACAUACGCUGGAAGCAACAUCAUCAGUUGGAGUAGUUACUGGCUUGGGUAGAGGGAUAGUCGGCGCUGUAACGAAGCCAAUCAGUGGUGCUGCUGAGCUAGUAGCAUUAACCGGUCAAGGAAUGUUGCACACGGUCGGUUUCAAUCAAAUGCCGAUUGCUAGAGCUGUUGAUGUGCAGAAGCUCGACUCCGACGAACCGAGCCCGGAAAAAAUUGUCGGAAAACUGCUUCCUCGGCUCAUCAACACUGACCAGGUUUUGUUUCUCAGUUUUGCUGCUUUAGAAACGAUUUACGGGCUGAAAAGUGUAUAUGUUGCGCUGACGACGUCAUUGGUGGUGCUGAUAUCGCUAGAGAAGGAUGAGGUUGUGGAGAUAGUGUCAAUGGAACGAGCAUAUCCAUUGAUCGAUGAAAACGACAGAACGCUCAUCAAUUUGAAUGUGACUUCUGAAAAUUUGGAUGAAAGUACCGAAUUGAAAGGGUUUCAGUAUGGCAGGGUUUUGCAAUACAUUCAAGACUCCACGGAGGAUUUUGUAACGCUGACACCAACAGAAUUCUCGAAAAUUAAUUUCGGAGUGCCUAAGGCUGAUCACAAAAUAUCAUUCUUUAUGGACCAACAUCUAGCACAGCAUUUAGUGAAUUAUAUUCGUCUGUUGCAAAAUUGUAAGAGAAAGAAAUAAUUCCGGCAACGCCACGAUGACAACGAUAUCUCCGUGAAAUUGUUUGUUUGCAUAUUGCGUUUUGUUAAAUUAUUUUGAAAAUGUU